AUGGCGCAGCAGGUGAUUCAGCUGGAUCCAGAAAAACUGAGCUGUUUAAUCUGUCUGGAUCUUCUAAACGAUCCGGUGACUAUUCCCUGUGGACACAGCUACUGCAUGAGCUGUAUUGAACACUGCUGGGAUGAGGAGAAUGGGCAGCAUGAAACAUACAGCUGCCCUCAGUGCAGGCAGAGCUUCACACCGAGGCCUGUCAUGAUGAAAAGUACCAUGUUAGCAGAGUUAGUGGAGGAACAGAAGAAAGUUGGACUUCAUGCUGUUUCACCUGAUCAGUCCUUUGCAGGACCUGAAGACGUGGCCUGUGAUUUCUGCUCUGGGAUAAAGCUGCAGCAGGAGAUCACUGAGCUGCAGAGGAAAGACACUGAGCUGGAGAAGCUCUCACGCACAGAGGAUCACCUGCAUUUCCUCAACAACUACCCCUCACUCUCACGUCUGAGAAAGUCUAGAGACUUACCCAGCAUGGUUAAGUCUCUGUGCUCUUUUAAGGAUGUGACAGCAGCGGUGUCAGAGGCCAGAGAUAAACUGCAGGCUCUUCUGAAUGAGGAGUGGACAAAGAUCUCACUGGCAGUGACUGAAGAGGAUGUUUUACUGCCUCAAGCAGAGCCCAGAACCAGAGCUGAAUAUAUGAAAUAUUCACAUCAAAUCACACUGGAUCCAAAUACAGCACACACACUUUUGUCACUGAGUGACAGUAACAGAAAAGCAACAUUAACGGCAGGACGCAAGUUUGAUUCGGUUAGAUUUCUUGAAAGUUGGCAGGUCCUGAGUAGAGAGGGUCUGACUGAACGUUGUUACUGGGAGGUGAAGUGGAGCGGGAGAGUUUUCAUAGCAGUUGCAUACAAGGAUAUUAGCAGAACAGGGACUGUGUAUGAAUGUGGAUUUGGAUAUAAUGACAAGUCCUGGUCAUUAGAAUGUAACAGUGAUAGUUAUGAAUUCAGGCAUAACAACAUUGUUACUUCCAUCUCAGGCCCUCAGUCCUCCACAAUAGGAGUGUAUCUGGAUCACAGGGCAGGUACUCUGUCUUACUACAGCGUCUCUGAAACCAUGACUCUCCUCCACAGAGUCCAGACCAAGUUCACUCAGCCUCUCUAUGCUGGAUUUUGGCUUCCAUAUAUUGCUGGAAGCACAGCUGAGUUGUGUGAGCUCAAGUAGACAGGAGUUUAAAGAGUGAGGGAUCUGUGUUGCUGUAUGGUAAAUGUUAAGGUGUGUCUGCAGUGCAGAGAUCAAACAUAGUGGGUGAGACUGUGAUGUGUCAAUUCAAUGAAAUGGUGAAAUGAAAAAGAAAUCUUUUAUGCUACAUGUAGGGAUAUAUAGGGAUUAAAACUAUCUCUUUUAUUGAUAUUGUAUUCUUAAUAUGCUUGUAUGUUGUAUUUCGUUAUGUACUGUGCUUGGAAAAUUUUGCAUAUGCAAAAUGUCUGAUAAAAUCUAUUUUUUGUGUAUGGUUAAGUCUGUCUGGAUUUGGGUUUAUGGGCAUGCCGAAUGAAUGUGAUAUAAAGUUUAAUUUAUUUAUUUAUUUUCUUUUACUUGUACCAUAUCUUCAUUAUUGCAAUUUGUAAAAUGUAAUGUUUAUUUUUUGUCUACACGGCCUACUGCUGUCUAUGCUGCGUACUGUGCUGCUGUUGUACUGAUAUUAUACAAUAACAUUACCCUUUUAUUUCUUUUUAAAAGGCAGCAAAAAAGUUCUAGUACCAGAAAACUGGUAAAAUUUUAAAAACGUAACCCUCUGACAAUUAGCUUGCUUAUUAUCUUAUUAAUAGGGAAUGCAAGUGUCUUUACAUUGUAACAAUUUAAAGGAAACAUAGUCAUGAUUUUGCAAACUCACAUUAGAAAGAACAUGAAGAACUUGAAUGUAACCUUGUGAAAGUCUUUUGCUAAUCAUUUUUGAAAGAGUGCAUGACAACUAUGAAAAGAAUAAGUGAAUGUUAAAAUUUCUACAAAUAAAUGAAUAGUUGAUGUUUAAA